AUUCCCUGAGAACCAAACUAAACUAUUAGCACACAAAAUUCUGCUAUCCAAUUCCAAACAGGAUUUUGUAUUUGUUUUUUAGGUUCAGAAUUCAAAUGCUUUGGAGGCAGGAAAGGUAGAGAUACCAAAACCUUCCCCUCCAAUUGAAACUUGGAAUUCCCCCAAAAACCUCAAUUGCGAAAACCUAAAAUUAUAUAGCCUCUACGAAACCUCAAUUGCAAAAGCCGAUUCAAAAUUAGAAAACUCACAAUUUCAAAAUUGCUGCAGAGAUUAAUCCUGCCGGAUGUUGACGGCCUCAAAUCCCCAAUCUCCGAGCCCCAAAUGCCACCGAGAUUGAUCUCCGACGCAAAGCGCCGCACUCACCCGCUCGUCUGGUUCGCCGCCGUCCUCUGCACCAUUCUAUCGAUCGCCGUCAUAAUCGGAGGCAUCGUCGUGUUCGUCGGCUACCUAGUGAUCCACCCUAGGAUUCCGACGAUCAGCGUCAUCGGCGCGCAUCUGGACGGCUUCCAGAUUGACGUCGCCGGCCGGCUCGAAGUCCAGUUGACGAUCGUCGUCGAGGCGGAGAAUGACAACGCCAAAGCGCACGCUAGCUUCUCCGAUACCAGCUUCUUCCUCAGCUUCCUAGGGAUCAGAAUCGCGCGGCUAGUGGCCGAUCCGUUCGCUGUGAGGAAGAACAGCUCUCACAAGUUCCAGUACGCCAUCGCUUCGUCGUCGAUUCCGCUGAAUCCGGAGCAGAUGGAGGAAGCGGAUUACGCUCUGAAAUCGGACCUGAGUCGGUUCGAUUUGAAAGGGAAUACGAGAGUUCAAUGGCGAGUUGGAAUGCUCGGAUCUGUGAAAUACUGGUGCCAUCUCCAUUGCGAGCUCAAAUUCCAUCCCUCUAAUGGAACCUAUUUGAGUUUGCCUUGUAGCUCCAAGGCGAAAUGAUUUCUCUGUUUAGGAUCCAUUUUUCGUUCUCUUUCCCCUUUUGAAACAGAUUUCUGUUAGCCAAAAAUAAAUUUUUUAAAAAUAAAUUUCAUGAGAAAUUUUCGUUCCGUUUCUUUGAAAA